AUGAGCUUUUCUCUUGACUGGAAAUCCGUGCUUGCGCAAACGAACUCGGUAUUGGGACUUAAUAAAGUCGAGGACCGUGCUCAGUACUAUUCCCUCCUUAUGGCGGGAAUAUGUAUCGCGAUUGUCUCUCUGUCCAGACUUUUCAAGAAUCGGAAGCUCGAAGUUAACGUACCUAUCGAAGGUUCCUCUGGUGUUGUCUCAUCGUACAUCGACGCGUAUGAUUUCAUCGCCAACGCCAGGUCUGUUCUCAAGCGAGCUUAUGAGAAGUACAGUCAUGGAACAUUCAAGAUUCCUGAAAUGAGCCGGUUCACAGUUGUAAUCGGCAAGCGUGAUAUCAUCGAAGAGAUUAGGAAGGCUCCUGAUAGUAAGGCCUCUUUCGAUGAGGCGGUGUUUGAGGACCUUGCGUUCCGUUGGACACUCGGAGAGAAGCUCAUUAGAGAUACAUAUCAUAUCACAACCGUCCGUAACCAGCUAACCCGCUCUUUGGCCUUGCUAUUCGACGACAUUCGCGAUGAGAUUAUAUGUGCCUUCGGCGACAUUAUUCCGGUGAAGGGUGAUGAUUGGGUUGCUAUCCCCGCGCUGGAUAUGGUAAGACACGUUGUCUGUAGAGCGAGCAACAGGAUUUUUGUUGGCGUCCCUCUCUGCAGAGACCCAGAAUUCAUCAAGCUGAGCAUCAAUUUCACUAUCGAUAUUUUGAAAACGGUAUACAUGAUCCAGGAUACACCUACUCUUUUACGCCCCAUUGUUGGUGCUUUGUUCAGCCCGACAGCCCGGAGUGUCCGCCAGGCAAUGAAGCUCCUUCGCCCUCUACUUGAGGAGCGCUUUCGCAUGUAUGACGAAAAUGGCGAUGAUUGGCCAGGGAAACCAGUCGACAUGAUUUCAUGGCUAAUUGACGAAGCGUCGAAGAACGAGAAACGAAGCGUUCGGGACCUCACAACGAGGAUGCUUGCAGUAAACUUUGCUGCUAUGCACACAUCUUCGAGCAGUUUCACCCAUGCCCUGUUCCACCUUGCAGCAGAGCCAAACUACAUCCCAACAUUACGGGAAGAGAUCGAGCAGGUAAUCAAGGAGGACGGAUGGUCAAAGGUGGCAAUGACGAAGAUGUGGAAGCUCGAUAGCUUUAUGAAAGAGAGCCAGCGGAUGAAUGGUAUUCACCUGUUAACGUUGAAUCGCAAGAUAAUGUCCGACCUGACUUUACCAGACGGCACUUUCUUACCUGCUGGCACAUUCAUCGCCGCGAAUGUUGCAGGAAUGCACCGUGAUGAUUCUUACUACCCAGAUGCGAACAAGUUUGAUGGAUUCCGGUUCUCGAAAUUACGCGAGCAAAGCUCCGGGGAAGGUGUCAAACAUCAAAUGGUUAAUACGAGCCCUGAAUAUCUGGCAUUUGGACACGGACGUCAUGCUUGCCCCGGCCGGUUCUUCGCGGUGAACGAGCUCAAAGCGAUGAUGGCAUAUUUGAUUCUGAAUUAUGACGUGAAAGCAGAAGUCGAGGGAGUACGACCGGAGAACGUGUAUCAUCGUGCUCGGUUGAGCCCAAACCCAAAAGCUAAGGUCCUGUUCAAGAAACGAACAGAUGCAUAA